UCAUAUUUUAAGUACAUUCUGCUGAUAAUACUUCUGAACUUAAGUUGGAUUUGGAAUGCUGGUCUAACUUGUGAUGAAAGCAUUUUACAUUACUGUAUUUACUUACUGUAGAUAAAGGAUCUGAAUAUUUCUACCACUGAGUUUUACACAUCACUCUUCAUGGAAAUCGUAGUGGAAACAGACAGGAUAAGCAAACUUCUCUUAAUAAGAAAACAAAGCAAGGCCUCCAGAUAAUUGAACUGGAAACAGUGUAAGUCAUUGCAUAAGCACAAUAUACGUUUUCCUGUUUGAAAGGAUUGUACUGCGUUUUUUUAUCCCUCUCUUGUGCUUUCUAUUGUUGUGGAAAAUAUUCAGUUUGAAUCUUUGAAGUUAUUUCCUGUUGAAAAAUACGAUCAUUUCCUGAGAGAUACACAAACCCACAUUUUACGCGUGUGUGUACGUGCACAUGUGUGUGCCUUGUUGAAAAGAGGAAGACUGCGAGCACCAAGCCAUAAAGGUUAGAGGUUAGGCAGAGCUGUUAUCAGUCUCGGUGAGAAAGUAGAAAAUCAGAGAGCUCAGGAUCCCAAACAGACAUUUGAAACAGCAAGGAGCAAAUAUCAAAUGAGAGGCUUGACAGCUGCUUUACCUGUGGUGUUCCCAGUCUACAGCAUAUGCAGUGACGACCAAAAGGCUUGCCUGCAGUGAAAAGUUGAAGACAAGAAAGAGUGAGAAAGAGAGAAAGAGACAGAGUUGGCACUUGGGAGCAGAGCAAAAAAGCAGAUCUGGAGAUUUGCCGUGAUGGAAAACCUGCCUGUCUACCACGGACCCAUCGGGAAGGAAGAAGGGGAGAGGCGGCUGGCCCAGGACGGCCGGGAUGGGUGCUACCUAGUCCGCAACAGUGACUCUGUACCAGGCGUGUACUGCCUGUGUGUGCUGUCCAAUGGAUACGUCUACACAUACAGACUCCAAAAGGAUGAGGCAGGCUCAUGGGCAGCAGAUACCACUCCUGGUGUGCAGAAACGACAUUUCCGGCAAAUCAGGAACUUGAUAGCAGCUUUCCAGAAGCCUGAUCAAGGAAUUGCCAUGCCUCUGCUCUACCCUGUCACCGCUCAGAGACGGGCACAAACACACACAGAGGCACAGACGCCCAGUAAUAGCCUGUCGCCGACACACAGCAGCCCAAACGCAUACCUCCAUCUGCAGCAGCCGCCACAUGCUGCUCAGGGACAGAAAAAAAGGAUCAAGAAGGAGGUGCGGAAAGCUUUCGGUUAGGCGCAAACCCUUAUCUCACUGUUGACCCAAUUAUAAACACAAAUACUGUCUUUGCAUGAUGCCUACUGCUGCACUUUGCUGGCUGUGUGAAGUAACUGUCAUUUUUUUUUGCAAUUAAGCAGCUCCUGUUUGUUAAAUGCAAGUCAUUUAGACUCAGAUCUCAGUAUCCAUCCAGUCUCUUUUUCCUUCUGCAUAUGCGGCAAAGAGAGGGGCUCAUAACUUUCAGGGAUGUGAUGUAAAAUAUUCAACUUCUCCAACAUUAAUAUCCAUUACUGCAUACGCAAGUUGACAACAAAUAUUGUGCUCUGUUUUCUUAAUGCAAUUCAGUUGUGUGAAUGGCAAAGAGAAUAAAUGAUAUUGGUUGAAAUAAACUCUUUUAAAUGAGGUCAUGCAUACACCGCCAUACACACCCGAGCCUCCGUCUGACAUAAUGUGGAACAAAAAUUCAAUUUGACAUAUUGAAGUACUGAUUUCCAUGGAGAGAGUGCUGACUGCUGGAGUGGGAGGGGGAGGUGGGUGGGGUGGGGGGUCUGUUAUUCAUCUGAUUGACAUCACUGGCUCCUCAUGAAAAAAAUGACGGAUAGAGAAAGAGAAAGAGAGAGAGACAUUGAGCAUCCAUUCAGCCCAUACAAUUCUUCAGUGCAGCCGUCUCCUAGCAACCGGACACUCCAUCUUUUCACCGCCGAGAUGAGGUUGGACAGUAUCUAGCGGAGCAUAUGGUUUAGAAGGGAAGGUGCAUCGCAGCUGAUCAGCAGAGUGCUACUCAGGAACGUAUAUCACCUGCUCGCAGUCAGAACAUAUGCAUUGUGUGGCUCUGUCAUCCGCAGCCCAGGAGAGAAACACAAACAAUUAAUGGUGGGCAGAUGGUGGAGUGACGGUGGGAGGGAGGCGAGCGGGGGAUAGGCAGACGGACGGGGAGGUGGAUUAGUGGUAGCUAGAUUAAAAAAAGAAAAAAAGAAAAUGACAAACAAACAAACUUCUUUACUUUCUUUUUUAACUUUUUUGGUGGGGAGAGGCUUGGAAGUGGUUCACAUGUAGUCUGAUUGGCAUUUCCUAAUGAGAGGAGACAAGCUGUAGAGAACAGCACAGCCAACUCCAGGUCCUGCCCCUUCUGCACUCACCACCCACUCGCUGAGCCUCAGCUGUCACAUUUCUUUUUCCCUUCCUCUGUGCUUUUUUUUUUUUCUCUCUCUCUCUCUCUCUUCUUCUUUUGACAGACGCAGGUUUCUCAUGCAUAUCUCAGUUUGAGCCAUAAUGAUGGGUGAUAAUGACAGCACAAGAUUUGAAAGUUACAAACUUCCAGAAACAAGAACAAAGAGCACACAACAAAUGUGUAGAGUGAAGGCACAG